GUCGCUCUCUCUUUCAAUUUCCUCACCGUUUCUCGAUUUUUGUUAGUAUUCUGCCGUAGUAAUGAACAUGGCGACCAUAACAGAAUCUUUGGAAAGGUCUCUACAAAACUGUUCUUUGAACCACGAAAGAAGAAGCAGCAACAGCGGCGGCGGCGGCGGAGGAGGUGAUGAAGAUGGAUUAAUACGGAGGAGGUCUUCGACAUCAGACGAUAACAACAACAACAAUCUCCUAAUCACCGGUUCUGACAGAAGCUUGGAGCUCAACUCCCAUCUCUCUCUUCCCUACCAUUGGGAACAAUGCCUUGAUCUUAAGACAGGGGAGAUUUAUUACAUAAACUGGAGGAAUGGGAUGAAAGCAAGGGAGGAUCCGAGGACAGCAGCUCAGACCAGCGGAGGUUUUUACUCAGAGGAAGAAGAUGAAGAGGAAGAAGACGACGAGGACGACGAUGAUAGCUCGUAUGACAGUGAAGAGUCGCCAUCGGAGUCAUCUCCUUGUUCCACAAGAGAGAGAGCGAAUUGCAACAACAACAACAGCAACCACCAUCGGGUAGAGAAAGACAAAGAUAAUGUCUUGGUUGUGGCUGGUUGCAAGAGCUGUCUUAUGUAUUUCAUGGUCCCCAAACAAGUUGAAGAUUGCUCCAAAUGUAAUGGUCAACUUCUUCACUUUGAUCGAUCCGAAAGCAGCUCUCCUUGAUCCAGAUUUGUCUCUUCUUUAUCCUUUUACUCUUCAUUUAGCUCUCUUGAUUAGCUGUUUUUUUUAGUGUGGAAUGGUAACAUAUUAGACAAAUGAAAGCAGCUCUCCUUGAACCA